GUCCCGCCCGCCCCCCUCCCGCGCGGACCCCGCCUCCUGGCCCAUCCCAAGAUGGCGGAGAUCCCUCUGUACUUUGUGGACUUGCACGAUGACUUAGACGAUUAUGGAUUUGAAGACUACGGCCCGGAUCGUGACAGCAUGAGGCUAACGGCCUUUCUGGACGUUCCAGGCCAGGGUAACCUGCCUCCCCUCACUCGCCUGGAAAAGUAUGCUUUCAGUGAGAACGUCUUCAACCGUCAGAUUAUUGCCAGAGGGCUGAAUGACAUCCUCCGGGACUUCAGUAACAAUGAGGAGGACUUCUUAACGGUCAUGGAGAUUGUGGUCAGAUUGUCAGAAGACGCAGAGCCCACGGUGCGGACCGACCUGAUGGAACAGAUUCCUCCCAUUGCCGUCUUUUUACAAGAAAACAGAUCGAAUUUUCCAGGGGUGCUCACUGACUGUCUUACACCGAUCGUAGUGAGAUACCUCACGGAUCCGAACAACCAGGUUAGAAAGUCAAGUCAGGAAGUGCUCUUGAUUCUUCUGGAACAAGAUCUAAUUUCCCAGCACGAUAUUGAAAACAAAGUGUGUCCGAUCCUGCUGGCACUCUCUGCCCCAGACAGCGACGACGAAUAUAAAGCAGAAGCCGUGAACAUCAUCUGCAAGCUGGCUUCGGUGCUGAACAAGAGCACAGUUGAACGCCUGCUGCUCCCUCGAUUCUGUGAAUUGUGUGGGGACGGGAAACUCUUUCAAGUUCGGAAGGUGUGUGCUACAAAUUUUGGUGAUAUUUGUCAUGCCGUUGGACAAGAAGCCACUGAGAAAUUUCUGAUCCCAAAGUUUUUGGAGCUCUGCUCAGAUAAUGUGUGGGGGAUGCGAAAAGCCUGUGCGGAGUGCUUCAUGGCUGUGUCCUACAGCGCGUCCCCGGAGGUCCGCAGAGCCCAGCUGUCACCCCUCUUCAUCAGACUCAUCAGCGACCCCUGCCGAUGGGUGCGCCAGGCGGCCUUCCAGUCCCUGGGCCCCUUCAUUUCCACCUUCGCGAACCCCCCCAGGGCUGGCCUUUAUAUUGGAGAAGACGGCCCCCUCAGCAUCCGACCACCAGCUCGGGGCCUGGACUCUGACUUCACCCCGGGGUCGCCCGGCACAGGCAGUUGUGGAAGCACGUCCUCGGCCUGUUCCGCAAGGCCGGUGCGCACGGAGCCAGACCUGCCCACGGAAGGCACGUCCGCGGGAACCAGCAAUUUCCCGUGCUGUAGCUCCUCUCGUGGCAUGAUGGGAAACUCAGUGGAAGACUCUGCCUUGGCUGGAGCUGAGCUGACCGGGCUCUCCCCAGAGGCCAGUGCCGCCCUCAAGCUCCCUGAGAGGAACGACCUCCCCGUCAGCAGCCACCCUGGACCCGGCUCUUGGACCUGCCCAGAGAGUCCUGAGGACGUAUUCAAUAAUUUCCUCUAUUGGCGAACUCCUCUCCCUGACAUAAGCAAGGACCUAGAAGAGCUGCUUCAGAGCGAGGCUGGGCCACGCGAAAAAGGCUGCAGCAGACCCGAGGCUGUGCAAAACAGCUGCGUGGCCAGGAGCGAGAUUCAGAAAGUCCUUGAUAGUUUACAGGAGCAUGUGACGGAUGAUCCAGAUGUUCAAGCUCAGGUUCAGGUAUUAUCAGCUGCACUGAGAGCCGCACAGCUUGACUCUGUGAAUGAGCCCGCGCACAAGCCGACAGAAGGUCUAAAUGAAGUGUCCGUUUCAGAUCCCAGCCCUGCCUCUGACAAUCAGAUGGCUCUGUCGGCUUCAACAUCGCAGAAGGAGCUCUCCGUGGCCAGGAUAUUACAAAGCACAGACCCUGGCGAACCCUGCGGUGGAGUAAGGGACCCUCUGGAGACCGAGCAGAGGCAUCUCCCCGCCCCACUCGAGGAGAAUAAAUCUAAAUUACAGGAUGUAAUACCUCAGCCCCUGCUAGAUCAGUACGUGUCGAUGACUGACCCAGCUCGAGCCCAGACUGUCGAUACCGACAUCGCCAAGCACUGCGCCUCCAGCCUCCCGGGGGUGGCGCUUACCUUGGGCAGACAAAACUGGCAUUGCCUCAGAGAUACGUACGAAACGCUGGCUUCUGACGUGCAGUGGAAGGUGCGGCGGACCCUGGCCUUCUCUAUUCACGAGCUGGCUGCGAUUCUUGGGGACCAGCUAACAGCAGCUGACCUGGUGCCCAUCUUCAACGGAUUUUUAAAGGACCUGGAUGAAGUACGAAUAGGAAUUCUCAAACACCUGUAUGACUUUCUAAAGUUGCUUCAUGAAGACAAGAGGAGAGAAUAUCUUUAUCAGCUGCAAGAAUUUGUAGUGACCGAUAACAGCAGGAAUUGGAGGUUUCGAUAUGAACUAGCAGCACAGCUGAUACUCAUUUUGGAACUCUAUAAUCCCCAUGAUGUUUAUGAUUAUUUAAUGCAUAUUGCCUUGAAGUUGUGUGCAGAUAAAGUUUCUGAAGUUCGAUGGAUCUCCUUCAAGCUUGUUGUGGCCAUUCUGCAGAAGUUCUAUUCACACAGGGAAAGUGCGUUGGGGUUAGCUUUCGUCCAUGAGCUCAUCGUAAGGUUCCGGCACUGUGCUAAGUGGGUUGGAAGGCAAGCUUUCGCUUUCAUUUGUCAGGCGGUGGUGAGCGAGGAGUGUAUCCCCGCAGACCAGUUUGUCGAACACUUACUCCCCAGUCUUUUAAGCCUCGUGUCAGAUCCUGUGCCCAACGUGAGAGUUUUACUAGCCAGAGCUCUGCGGCAGACGCUGUUGGAAAAGGCGUAUUUGAGAAAUGCCGGUAACCCUCAUCUUGAAGUCAUUGAAGAGACCGUCCUGGCCCUGCAGUCCGACCCGGACCCAGACGUGUCCUUUUUUGCCACUCUCCAACCCAAGCGGCGGAGUACUGCAGACAGCCGUGUGCUAGAAGAGCGGAACUAACCCCUCUGUGGUCGCGCACGCUCUGGGCACUUCGCACGCGGCACGGACUGCUCACCCCAGCUUGUCAGGGGGUCUGAUUGUGUCACACCUUCCGAGGGAGGAAAGAUUCCUGAAACUUUGAGGGUGGGCACUCAGAUGGCGCCUUCCCCUCCCUCAGUCACAGGGACUGCACCUGGGCCGGGCGCCACGCUUCUGCGCCCCUCCCUGCCUGAUCAGGAGGUCCGGGCCAAGGUGGUGGAACCAGGCGGGUGGCUGGGGGUGGGGCCUCCAGUACAUCAGACUGCCCUCUCUCCCGCAGACCAGAUUAUUUAAGCCCCCCCCCCCGCCCCCCACACACAUCAAGUAGUUUAUUAGAAGAUUUUAAGUCUUUAAUAGACUUGCACAUUUGGCUUCCCUUACGCUUUCCUAUAAAAUACAGUUUAUGGUAUCACAUUUUAUUUUUAACUGAAAUAAUGUACAUAUGUAAAUAGCUCUUGACAGGAAGAGCUAAUAUAUUAACGUAACAUUAGCCUCCUAUCAGUGAGCAGAACAAAUACAUCAUUUAAAUUUAUGCUGCACUUUGAGUUACUGCAAAUAUAGCCCAAUUUGUUUACUUUUGAAAAAUGUGAUAGUUAAGGAAAUCUACCAAAGAAUGAUUUAUGGAA